AUGGCAGAAGGUACACAGAAGGUUGUGCUCAUCACCGGCUGCUCCUCUGGGAUUGGUUUACAGACAGCUGUGAUGCUGGCAAAAGAUAAGAAAAAGCGCUACCAUGUUAUUGCCACCAUGAGGGAUCUGAAGCGAAAGGACAAACUGCUGGAAGCGGCAGGUGAUGCCUAUGGGAAGACACUGGCUCUGCAGACGCUUGAUGUUUGUAGUGAUGAAUCGGUCAGACAGUGCGUCAGCAGCUUGAAGGACCAACACAUUGAUGUGCUCAUCAACAAUGCUGGUAUUGGUCUAGUUGGCCCAGUGGAAUGCAUCAGUAUGGAGGAAAUGAAGAAGAUCUUUGAGACCAACUUUUUUGGUGUGGUGCGCAUGAUUAAACAUGUGAUGCCAGACAUGAAGAGGAGGCGUGGUGGACACAUCAUUGUAGUGAGCAGUGUCAUGGGGUUACAAGCUGUGGUGUUUAAUGAUGUCUAUGCGGCUUCCAAAUUUGCCAUGGAGGGUUUCUGUGAGAGCCUGGCUGUGCAGCUGCGCAAGUUUAAUGUCACUUUAUCCAUGAUUGAGCCUGGACCAGUACACACAGGUUUCGAGGCCAAAAUGGUGGAGGAUGUGUCACAGAAGGAGUUCCCUGGGACAGACCAUGAUACUGUGCACUACUUCAAGAAUGUCUACCUGCCAUCUUCCAUUGACAUCUUUGAGGCUCUGGGCCAGACGCCAGGUGAUAUUGCCAGGUGCAUAAAUAAAGUCAUGGAGCAGAGACGGCCACAUUUUCACAACCUGACCAACCCAAUGUACACGCCCAUCUUGGCCUUGAAGUACGCAGAUGAGACAGGCGAUCUCUCACUACAUGCCUUCUACCACAUGCUCUUUGACUUCGGCACGCUGAUGCGCAUCACCACAAGCAUGAUGAAGUGUCUGACCUGCGGCUGCCUGCGCAGUCGCACCAUCUCGCCUGACUGA